UCCGCGCACCGCGCCGUGGCCAUCGUAUCGUUGUCGAGUCGUGUUUUGAUAUUGGUACGCAUUACGAGUAACGCACUACAGUGCAGUGACGCCAGUGAGUGCACUACUGUAUUGUCAUGACGCGUACCUACGAUAAAACAUAUUUACUGUUGUCGUAAUCUAAACGAAAACAUUCUGAUGUCAUGAUUUCGUAGUUUGUACUUCGUAUACUGCCCAAUAGAUGAAACGAACCCGUCGGUCCCACGACGUACACGCGGAUUUCAUUUCAAUUUUUUUUCAUUUGAUUUAAUUUCACUUUUUGAUUUUAUAUUAACUUAACUUUUAUCUCGCCACUCGUCCGUUGAGACUUUUAUUAUUUAUUAACUUUUUUUUUUUUUUUCGAAUUUUUCUAUUAUGCGCCGCAGCCGCGCUCGUUCCAACUCAGUGUUUGUUUAGUAUUUGUUGGUCUCUAAUUUGUCAUUUCAUAUCCAGUAAGAGUUGUUAUGGAAACACACACGCAUUGAAUGUAUCUAUUGCCGUUGUAUAAGCAGCAUCACGGUCGAUAGAUACCCGCUACUACUACUACUGCUACUACUAAGAUUACUGCUACAAUACUUCUACUGCUACUACAACGACACUUCUGCAGUCUGUGAGAAAGCAAUCAUUAAGAAAUCCUAGUUAAUUUUAUUUGGACAUACGCAUUUGUCAAAUCGAGCAUUAAUCAUUGCCAUUUAUUGCUCAGGAUACACAACGCUUGUUAAGACGACUUAGAUAAUAAAUUAUAUCAAUUAAGAGAAAUAAGUAACCAUCAUGAGUGUAAUAAUUAGAUUGCAAAAUCUGCCUUGGGCGGCCAACGCCGCGGAUAUCAGACAGUAUUUCCAAGGGUUAUCGAUACCUGAAGGUGGAGUUCAUAUCGUCGGCGGCGAAAAAGGCGAUGUCUUCAUCUCUUUCAGUACCGACGAAGAUGCUAGGCAAGCUAUGCUUUCAGACGGCGGAUGUAUCAAAGACGUUCAGAUCAGACUUCUGUUGAGCUCGCGUAACGAGAUGCAAAAAGUCAUUGAUACAGCGCGACAACAAACUAUGUAUAACGCCUAUAUGCAGCAAAAUUUAAUGCAACAGCCACAGAUUCCCAUAGUCGGGUCAUUGCCACCGUUGACUGCUAAGGUCUUACCGCAGCCACAGCAACAGGUGAGACCUGAUCGACUCGAUGCACAGAUGAUACGCAGACAACCUUUAAUAAAUAAUAUGUCAGUACUUAUGCCCCAAGAUAAACAGCAACAAAUGCAGCAACAACUUUUGUCUCCGAAAUCAUUGGAGAACAGAGAUCGUGAAGAUAAGAGCCAAAAACGUAGUGAUCGAUCUCGAUCGAAAUCCCGAGAGCGGCGAUCCAAGUCGUCACGUAGUGGAGGUAGUAGACGAGAAAGAUCGAGGUCUAGAGACCGACGGCGUCGUGAUCGAAGCCGAGGGAGAGACAGGUCUAGGGACAGGUAUCGUAGCGGAGAAGGCAGGAGCUCGUCGAGCCGAGGAAGUGGAGGCAAAUCGCAAAGGUCGCGAUCACCGGUGGCUAACAAGGGUGCAGACGCUAAAUUGGUUGGUAAUCAACAGGCUCAAAUUAAUCCUUGGACUUGUCAAUAUGACAACAUGCAGCAACAACAAGCAGCGAUGGCUACGGUAGAAAAUCAUCAGCCAGCUACUAUGAUGAACAACGUAAUACCCGGCGGCCAUGGCGGAUUUACACAAUUCAGGUCACCCCCCCAGCCACCCAUCAUUCCCGGCGUACUUACUCCAAAUUCUUUUCAUCAACCACAACAACAACAACAACCACCGCCGUUGAUGGACAGAUGGCCGUCAAACCGUGGAAAUCGUUCUCGUCAACAACAGCAGCCGUACGUCCCGGACAACGAUUUCCGUCCAAACGCAUUUGGAGGUGGUGGUAGUGAUGACGAGGACGAUCGACAAACCGAAUUCGACAACAAUUUUCAGGGAAGGUUCAAUGAAAACGCCCCCCCAGGUAUGAGAAGAGGACCGCCUGGACAAGAUUUCCGCGAGCAACGAGGGUUUGGCUCCAACCGGGGUGGUCCUAGAUUUCACAAACCGCAACAAGCCGUGCCGCCCGUUAUGGGACAGCACGGCCGCGGUGGCGGAAUAGGUCAGCGGCCGUUUAACGAGUUCGGCAAUGGCAGUGGACCCAGGUUUAACCAUCAGCAACAGCAGCAACCGCCAAGGUACGGAGGCCACAAUAACCAAGAAGGUGGUGGCAGAGGCAGACCAUCCAGAUUCAGUUCGAUUAACGAAAAUGGAAAGCCUUCCAGAUUCAAUCAAGCGCCACAACAGCAGCCGCGUCGAGAUAACGACGACGGGCGGUCUGCCGACUUUGACGAGUCGUGCAAGAAGAUAACGCCCCGGUAUAACGACCGAUAUAGGUACGACGUACGAAACGCGCAAAUGCCUCACUACGAAGGGUUGUGUGUGGAGGUAAACAACAUGUCCAAUCCAUUUUCGUACGGUGACAUCCGCAAAGUGUUCGAUGGCAUACACAUCGAUGGGUCAGCGAUCAAGAUACAAAAACACCGUCAGGGCGUGGCGUUCGUCCGGUUCGACAACAACCAAAAUAAAAAUUUGGCCAUGAAGGUAAACGGAACCAUGUAUAAGGGUAACCACAUGGUGGUCAAACACCUGGAUGACGAGGCAUAUGAGCGGGACAACACGGACGACCGGCCGUAUCCUACAGCGGCAGUGGCCGCGAACGUCGUUGAUCACGUGGACUUAGUGGACGACGACGACGACGACGAAGUCGCGACUGGCCAGCCAUCGGUAUCGUCCGACAAGAAAAAACCGAACAAGUCUAAGGCGGACGACGAGAGAAGCGACGACGACGACGACGACGACGAUGACGACGAAGACAACGAUCUGGUAGUGUGCGAAAAGAGCGCGAACAAGGACGCGGCGUCGGCCGAAGACGGCGACGGCGAACAACGGAAAGACCCGCCGACCAAAUAUCUGAAACUCAAACAGCUUCCGAUCACGGUGACCGAGGAAGACGUAAUGAACGAGUUCGAUGGCGGCAACGACGUGCGCCGCGUGACUUUCUAUCCGGACGGCGAGUUCAUGGGCGCCGCGGUGGAAUUCGCCAGCACGGAAGCGGCCGAGUCGGCGCUCAAGCGGUACGACUGCGUGUUGUUGGGCUCCACGCCAGUUCCGGUACUGCGGUGCACCUACAAAGAGUACACGCAGAUCAAGCGCAAAUCCGGUGGCGGCAGCAGACGCUUUUCGAGCGAUAACAGCGGUAGCGGUGGCGGCCGUCACCGUCACCACGGUCACCAGGCACCAUGGCAUAGCCACCGAUACGUCAGCGAUCAAGAUGCAAAACACCGUCAGGGCCCACCGCACCGCCAGCCUUUCUCGGCCGCGGGGCCGCCGCCGCUUCCGAACAUGUCGGGCGCCGCGCCGGUAGUCCGCUCAAACUGUCUGUACGUGUACGGCCUGCCGACCACCGUCACCAACACGGACAUCACUCAGUUCUUCUCCGACACUUCCGCGUUGCCGGACAAGAUACACAUCAUGCUCAGCAAGUUCGGCCGUCCCACCGGCGAGUCGUACUGCGAGUUCGGGUCCGCGCAACAGGCGAGCAUCGCCAUCGCCAAGAACCGCACGUACAUGGGGCCGAACCUCGUGUACGUGGAGCCCAUCAACCGGUCGCUCAUGAUCCAGGCCAUCACCAAACCGAUGCAGCAGCACUGCAACAGCCAUCACCAGGACAUGUCCUGGGGCGGCGGUGGCGGUCCGCCGUCCAGGCAACCGCACCACCACAACCAGCGGCCGCAGCAGUACGGAGGCCACAACAACGGUGGACCGUACGGCGGUGGCGGGCGACCGCAACAGUUCAACAUGAACAACGGCGGGGGCCGCGGCGGCGGCGGCGGUUACACGCCCAGGAUGCGCGGUCCCGGUCCCGGUCCGAACGCCGGUCCCGAAGGGUUCGGUCAGCCGGGUUGCGUGAUCGCGCUGGACAACGUGCCGUACCGAGCCGACGUCCAGCAGAUCGUGGACUUCUUCGAAGGUUUCGAGCUGAACAGCCAGAACGUGAUCCGGCGGUUCAACGAUUUCGGCAAGCCGACCGGCGAAGCGCGCGUCAACCUCAGGAACCCGCAGGAGGCCGGCCGGGCUGUCCGGUUGCUGCAGAACAAGCCGAUAUUCAACAGGCCGGUCCAGCUGACGCUCCUGUAAGUCCCGGAACGGUCGACGACUGCAUCGUCGCGUGCGAUAUGUCACGCGUGUUCCGCGUCGUCCGUUUUCCUGAAACUAUGAUGGCUAUAAAUGUAUAUUUCACUCUUUUUUUCUUGUUCCCGCGAAAGCCAAAACGGGACAAUAUAUAUCUACCCCAUAUCCUAUCGAUUUUAUUUUUUAUCUCGAUUGCUCUACUUACGCGCGGCGUCAAACAUAAUAUUUAUUAUAGCGGCGAUAUUGUUCUUCAAACGACUUAUAUGAUUUAAUUUAAACACGAUGUAUGAUAUUUAAUUUAAAUUUGUAUCUAUUUUAAUGUCAAUGUAACGAUAUUGUUUAUGCGUGUUUGUAAAAUACAAUUAAAUUAAAUAUAUGUACCAAUUAUCCAUAUUAAAAAAUGUA